UUCCUUCCUGAUGGCUUCACCCGGAGGUGCCGGCAGUGACUGCUCCCACAUUAUUGAUCACAGCCACAUCCCCCAAUUCGAGGUGGCCACCUGGAUCAAAAUCACCCUCAUCCUGGUGAACCUGGUCAUCUUCGUGCUGGGCAUUCUGGGGAACAGCGUCACCAUUCGGGUCACCCAGCUGCUGCAGAAGAAAGGCUACUUGCAGAAGGAGGUGACAGAUCACAUGGUGAGCCUGGCUUGCUCGGACAUCUUGGUCUUCCUCAUCGGCAUGCCCAUGGAGUUCUACAGCAUCAUCUGGAACCCCCUGUCCACGCCCAGCUAUGCCCUUUCCUGCAAGCUGCACAAUUUCCUCUUCGAGACCUGCAGUUACGCUACGCUGCUGCACGUGCUGACGCUAAGCUUCGAGCGCUAUGUCGCUAUCUGCCACCCCUUCCGGUAUAAGGCCGUGUCCGGGCCCUGCCAGGUGAAGCUGCUGAUCGGCUUCGUCUGGGUCACCUCGACCCUAGUGGCCCUGCCUUUGCUGUUUGCUAUGGGAGUCGAGUACCCCCUGGUGCACGUGCAUAGUCACCAGGGUCUCUCUUGCAACCGCUCACUCACCCGCCACCACAAGCAACCAGAGACCUCCAACAUGUCCAUCUGUACCAACCUCUCCAGCCGCUGGACUGUCUUCAAGUCCAGCAUCUUCAGCGCCUUCGUGCUCUACCUCGUGGUCCUGGUCGCUGUAGCCUUCAUGUGCUGGAACAUGAUGCAGGUGCUCAGAAGGAGCAAGCAGGGCACCCUGGCCGGGAAGGGCCCGCAGACCCAGCUGAGGAAGUCGGAGAGCGAGGAGAGCAGGGCCGCCAGGAGGCAGACUAUCCUCUUCCUGAGGCUGAUUGUUGUGACGCUGGCCAUCUGCUGGAUGCCUAACCAGGUUCGCAGGAUCAUGGCUGCUGCCAGACCCAAGCACGACUGGACGAGGUCCUACUUCCAGGCGUACAUGAUCCUCCUCCCUUUCUCGGACACCUUCUUCUACCUGAGCUCGGUGGUCAACCCUCUCCUGUACAACGUGUCCUCGCAGCAGUUCCGCAGGGUGUUCUGGCAGGUGCUGCGCUGCCGCCUGACCCUGCAGCACGCCAACCACGAGAGGCGGCUGCGCAGCCUGGGCGCCCCCACCACGGACAGCGCCCGCUCGGCGCGCCGCCCCCUCAUCUUCCUGGCUUCCAGGCGCAGUUCCUCUGCAAGGAGAACUAACAAGGUGUUCCUAAGCACUUUUCAGAGCGAGGCCGAAGCCAAGCCCGAGUCUAAGACCCAGCCAUUGAGUCCCGAGUCGCCAGAGCCCAAGUGGGAGACGAAACCGGCCAGUGGUGCAGCAGGGAAUGGUUUUCAGGAGCAGGAAGUGUGAGUGCCCAGUAAGAAAGCCUUGAGGCUAACCAGCCCGCCCCGCGAAAGCAGCAUUCCCCUCACACAGCAGUGACAAAUGUUUCCCAUCAGGGACAGGAGUGCGAGCUGGGGGCCUUGGGGAAGGCACACGCCCACUUCACUGUCUUCUAAGGGCCAAUUCUGGCUACAGACAGGAACUUUGAAUCCAUCCCCUCCCUUUUCUUAAGUACACACUGAAAAUUCAGUCAGACUGAAUGUAUUCAGAGCUUACAAAAAUGUUUUACACUGAGCUCUUUCAUUAUUUGCAAAGGAACUAAAAGAAAGAAUGCAGACUCCCUACCCAGAACCAAAGGACACCCAGAAGAGCUCAUGGAGUGGGGCAGCAAGGGUCAGAAGAACAAUGCAGGAGGGGCUGGCAUCUCAUUCAGCAGUGUGCCACGA